CCUAUAAAUACAACCUUUCCUCGUCUUAACUUGUAUCACGAAGCAAAAUACGAAAGAAACAUGGGGUUCUUGGGUAAGAGUGUAUUGUUGAGUCUCCUUGCAAUAUGGUUCUUCACUUCCUGUGCUUUCACUGAAGAAGUGAACCAUGUGACCCAAACGCCUUCCUCUGCCCCUGCUCCAUCUCCUUACCACCACGGCCACCACCACCCACAUCCUCCCCAUCACCACCACCCUCACCCUCACCCACCGGCAAAAGCCCCUGUCAAGCCGCCGGUUUCUCCACCUUCUAAACCUCCGGUUAAGACUCCAGUUUACCCUCCAACCAAAUCCCCGGUUAAGCCCCCAACUAAACCUCCGGUUAAGGCACCAGUUUCCCCACCAGCAAAACCUCCUGUUAAACCUCCGGUUUACCCUCCGACCAAAGCUCCGGUUAAGCCCCCAGUCAAACCUCCGGUUAAGCCACCAGUUUACCCUCCGACCAAAGCUCCAGUUAAGCCCCCAGUCAAACCUCCGGUUAAGCCACCAGUUUCCCCACCAGCAAAACCUCCUGUUAAACCUCCAGUUUACCCUCCGACCAAAGCUCCAGUUAAGCCCCCAGUCAAACCUCCGGUUAAGCCACCAGUUUACCCUCCGACCAAAGCUCCAGUUAAGCCCCCAGUCAAACCUCCGGUUAAGCCACCAGUUUCACCACCGGCCAAACCUCCAGUAAAGCCACCAGUUUCACCACCGGCCAAACCUCCGGUUAAGCCCCCGGUUUACCCUCCGACCAAAGCCCCUGUUAAGCCCCCGACCAAAGCCCCGGUUAAGCCUCCGGUCUCUCCUCCAACCAAACCACCAGUCUCCCCUCCAGCUAAGCCACCGGUGAGGCCACCGGUUUACCCGCCAAAAUUCAACAGAAGCCUAAUCGCCGUUCAGGGUACGGUCUUCUGCAAAAGCUGCCAGUACGCUUCUUCCGAUUCACUCAUUGGCGCCAAACCCGUUGAAGGUGCUGUUGUGAGACUACUGUGUAAGAGCAAGAAGAACGUAGUCGCGGAGACCAAGACGGACAAGAACGGAUACUUCUUGUUGUUGGGCCCGAAGACGGUGACAAACUACGGUUUCAGAGGAUGUCGUGUGUAUCUUGUGAAAUCAAAGGACUACAAAUGCCACAAAGUGUCAAAGCUAUUCCGUGGAGAUGUCGGUGCCGUACUCAAGCCGGAGAAAAGGAAGGGGAAAUCUGCGGUGGUCAUUAACCAGCUCAUCUACGGUAUCUUUAACGUUGGACCGUUUGCGUUUGACCCGGUUUGCGCCAAAUAAAGAUAAUGAUGAUGCUUUGUUACUUUCUUGAUUAUGUAAUGCUCAAAAGAGUUCGAGGGAGACAGAGAGUUAUGUCUUUAUGCGUUCGAAUUGUAAUGUUAGCUAUAGUUUUAAGCUAAAUGCUUGUGUUUUUAUGAAUGUGUCCUUAAGAGACGUCGUUUGGGUUUCGUUUGAAUAAAAAUCGCCAGCUUUAAGAAGAUCA